UACAGGGACACUCUAGAAACUUCUUGAGUGAAGUCAGUGCUGUAGCUAGAGCUGCAGUAAAUUCACCGGUUUGUUUGGCUGCAUAACUGGAAAUAUCUAGGCUAAUCUGAGGAGCAUAACAUCAACGUUUUAACAGGUGAUUGUGUAGAAUGGCUAUAUUCUGCUAAUCUAUUAAUACAAUGUAUUCUCGGUUUCUUGAGCACGCUAUCUGACUGACCAGUGAGUGAGUCUGAGAUUGUUGUUGUUCAUGAUAUUUUCCAAUGGCAUCCAUUGCUGGUCAGCACAUGGAGUUCCAUCCUGUACAUGGGACAAAUGUCAGACUGGACCCAUCAGGAACACAAGCCACACGUGUGGAGAGCUUCGCUAAUGGUGUCUGCUUCAGCAAGAACCCUUUGGCUCCUGGGGAGAUCUUCUUGGUUGAGAUUGAAGACAAAGAGUUGGGCUGGUGCGGCCACCUAAGGAUCGGACUCACGGGCCACGACCCCCGGAGCCUCCAGGUCGUACCGGAAUAUUCCCUGCCUGACCUUGUGGACCUGGGUAACAGCUGGGUCUUUGCGAUUACCAGGAACCACAACAAAGUUGUCGAUGAAGCAGACAAUGGCGUAGAGGCAGGAGUCAACGUGAGGCCAGAAGAAGGAGGGGAGCCAGACUCUAAACCUAAGACAUUCUUCACUCAUUCACACCUUCGCAUUCAAGACGUCUACCUCCCCCGGGACCAGCUGGUAGGCCGCAGCCUCCCUGGACGCUUCAGCCACAUUCUGGAUGAGCUGUACAAAACCAACAUGCUGCCCCCUACAGCCAGGCGCAGCCGUAUUGGAGUGGUAUAUGUGCCCAGAAGGGAGGGAGUAGCCGACAUGCACAUAGUCAUCAAUGGCGAGGACAUGGGAGCCUGCGCCAAAGGCAUUUCCACCCGGCAGCCGCUCUACGCUGUAGUGGAUGUAUUUGCCGCCACCAAGUCUGUCCGGAUUGUCCAGGUGGAAUAUGGCUUUUCUUCUCUGCAGACACUGUGUCGCAAGACGAUACAGAAGCACAUUGUACACAGAAUGGCCCUGGAUUGGUUGGAGCUUCCUUCUCUGCUUAAACAUUAUUGCAAGUAUGAAUGACUCACGUGGUAGAAAGGAAUCCCAGUGCAGCCACAUUUCAUCUGUAGUGGGUCCCAUGCAGAGGAACAGUAUGGACUCAACUAUAAUUAUGUGGAAUCCUUGUUAAAUAGGGCUAUCAGGGAGGCGGGAGACAGACAGAAUAUGAAAUAUGGGCCCAGGAUUUUUGUUUGGUCCGACUGUUGUCCCCGACUGAUACCUUUUUGUUUAGUAAUAAUAAGCCAAACUUCUGCCCAGUGUCUCUGUCCAAUGUUGCAAUUGAUGGUCACUGUGACACCUGUCAUCCUACUUAUAUGUCUUUAUUUCUUGAAGGUUUGUUUUUAUCAGUUAUGAUUUAAUGAAUGAAGAAUAGAUCUAGCUACCAAAAGCAGCAGGGCUUAGUUUAGUGCUCUGAGAGGAAAUUAAACUGCCUACCACCAUUAAAAUCAAAUUGACGUGAUGGUAGAACAAUUAUGUUCCUUUGAAUCACUCCGCAAAAGGCAAGACCCAUAUGUGAGAAUAAUUCAGUGGUGAAUGAGCAUGCCAAGCACACAUUAAACAGUUCAGAAACAGGGAGAAAAGCUUUGCAUCUAGUCACAAAGAACAUCAUCGCAAUUCGGUACAUGAUAGAGCAUAUUAAACACCUAUUUAAUCCUA